AUAUGCGUGGGUAAGAAUAGAAUUUGAUUAAGUGUAAGAAUAGAAUUUGAUUCAUCUAUGAAAAUGACUAAAAUAACCCCACAACUUCUACUGGAUAAAAGGAGUUUCUGGAAAAGAUUCUCUCCAUUAAAGAACGGAGUGAGAUGGAGAUGAUAUAUAGAUUCUCAAAUCGACUAUCUCCGAUCUCAAUAGCUGAUAAAUGCUUCAGAAAUUCAAUAAACAAACAAUUCAUUAGAACCCCAAUUCUGGGUUCUCGUCUAAUUCGAGAAAAAUCAUUCAAAUCCAAGGUCUUAGACCUGAAAACACCAGUAUUUAAUGACAAUACGAACUUGAUCUAUUUGAAAACCUUUUCUUCUUCUUCUUCUACUUCUUCGAUUGCUUCUAAAGCAGGUUGGUUACUGGGUUUAACAGGAGAAAAGAAACAAAUCUUGCCUGAGAUUGUUAAAGCUGGAGAUCCUGUUCUUCAUGAACCUGCUCGUGAUGUUUCUGUUGAUGAAAUUGGGUCUGAAAAGAUUGAAAGAAUUAUUGAUAAUAUGAUUAAAGUUAUGAGACAAGCACCUGGUGUUGGUCUUGCUGCUCCUCAGAUUGGCAUUCCAUUAAAGAUUAUUGUUUUGGAAGAUACAAAAGAGUAUAUUGGUUAUGCUCCAAAGCAGGAUAUCAAAGAACAAGAUAGACGCGUUUUUGAUCUUCUGGUCAUACUGAACCCCAAGCUUGAAAAGAAGGGCAGCAAGACUGCGUUGUUCUUUGAAGGUUGCCUGAGUGUUGACGGAUUUAGGGCAGUGGUUGAACGUCAUCUUGAGGUGGAAGUUACGGGUUUAGGACGUGAUGGCAAGCCGUUGAAAGUAAAAGCUUCAGGUUGGCAGGCUCGAAUAUUACAACAUGAGUGUGAUCAUCUAGAUGGCACAAUUUAUGUUGAUAAAAUGGUUCCAAGAACAUUCAGAACUGUGGAGAACCUGGAGUUGCCUCUUCCCGCUGCAGUCCCUAAACUCGGAGUGCUCAACUCAUAGCCAACUUCACAGGAGUUAUGAGCCUACCCUGAUAAUGCAGAUGGACAAGUGGCUUUCUGGAAAUUUGGAGAAGAAAAGGGAAACUGCUUUGGCCUGUUGUCAUUUGUGAUUUUAUGGCAAUAUGGACUGAAGAAAAUUACAAUGUCAUUUCUUUUAUUGAUUUCCUGAUUAGUUCAAUGUAAUGUAUUUUUCCAGGAUGACGGGUCUAGGUUGUUUCUAACAAACAUCAAUUCAGAAAAAAAAAACUUGUGAGCACAGCUUUGAAGAAAAUCAUUGUUUAUCUUUAUACUAAAAAAAAAGAAAGAAAGAUAUGAGAAGCCACUACAAGUGUUUUUA